GUCUUCCUUGUUCAUCUCCGUGCUGAGCAAAUCAUAGCAAGAGUUUGUUAGAAUUAAGCUUCCUUUGGGUUCUUCCACCGUAAAUCGAACUUUCCAGGCGUUCUGCAGCACCUCCGAAUGUCAUCUUGUUUGGAUCAUCAAUAAUCAUCAGAACGAGCGGUUGAACAAUAGGCUUCUAUCAAUGGGGGUCUCGUUUAGGGUCUCUAAGACCGGCACAAGGUUUCGGCCCAGAAUACAAGCUCAACCCACUACAGACGCCGCCGCUGACGAGGAAGACGCCGUCUCCGAUGUCCAAUUUCAGAAGCAUAGAAAUUCAACUCCGCCUCUUCAUGAUACGACUUCCGCAUCCGCUGCUAGGAGGGUCUCGACUGAGGUCACUGAUGUCGACAAUCGCACUUCUGGAGUCUCUGAAAAUGAAGUAUCAUUCUCACUGAACCUGUAUCUAGAUGGUUAUUCUAUUGGGAAAUCAUUAGAGAUUGAUCCUUCUGGCAAUGCUCCAAGAUUUUUACAUCCAUAUGAUAGGGCAUCUGUAAUGCUCUUCUCGGCAAUUGAGGCUGGCCGAUUACCUGUUGAUAUUCUGGAUGAUAUACCGUGCAAGUAUAUCGAUGGUGCAAUUGUUUGUGAGGUUCGAGAUUACAGGAAAUGCAUGUCUGAAGCAGGACAAGGUUCAGAUCCAGUAAAUCUUUAUCCUCUUAUCACUAAAGUUUGCCUUAAAAUGUCAUUGGAGAAUGUUGUAAAGGAUAUACCAUUGAUUUCUAAUGGUGCAUGGACAUAUGGUGAUAUGAUGGAAGUAGAAUCCAGGAUAUUAAAAGCUAUACAACCUGAGCUUUGCCUGAAUCCAAUCCCAAAGUUAGACAAGCUCUGCAACAGCUCAGUUUCCUCAAAGUUGAACUUGGCAAUAAGCACAAUGCGGAGGAAGAGGCUAAGGGAGAUCUCAAGGUCAGGGGAUGCUGGGGCCAUAAUGCAGCAGUCUGCUUAUGGAAAUGUACAUUUACAAAGUAUUGGUCCAAACAAUAUGGAAGCAGCAAGAACCAACAAUUUUUGUUCUGAUGUCUCUAUUCCACCCGCUUCGCCUUUGGUAUCUAACCAGUUAAAUCAUCAAAUAGGGACCGGUAGUCCAAGAACUAUGCAGGAUCAAAGGCCAGUUGUCAUAGAUUCAUCAGCGGCUUCUCCUGCCAUGCCAGACACAAUGAGUUCUGGUCCUCUACAUGGCAAAAGAGAGAAUCCAGAAGAGCAAUCUCAUUCUCUUGCUAAUUUCAAUAAGAGAGCAAGAUUUUCAAUAAUUGCCCAGGAUGGCAAUCAAAUGCAAAACGCAGGGCCACAAAUAGAUAGUUUUGAUGGAUCCGAUUCACACUGGAGGAAUACACUAUUACUGCAGAGGGGAGUUCCAUAUUCUAACACUGGCCCGCAGAGGUUUUCACAGAAAAUGUUUGAAAGGGGUAUGAACCUUCAUGAAGCUGGAAUGCCAUCUGGUGUUGGGCAACAGGUGGCAAGAUAUGGUUUGAAGGAAGAACCCUCUGAGUUAGAGAAGCCAGUAGGACCUAGUAGAAACGAAAUGCAGGCAAUGGACACGGAUAUGAGUCAUAUAGAUCCUCAGGUAUUACGGCAACACCAAAAAGCAGCACAUCAGUUCUCCAGGUCAGGUCUCCCUCAGACACAGUGGAACAAUGCAAGUCAGCCCCUUGAGAACAGUGCCAGAAAGGAAGAUUCGUUCCAGAAGAGGAAACAAGUUCAAAGUCCCCAUUUUUCUGGCGGAGGUUUACCUCAAUCUCCUUUAUCAUCUAAAUCAGGUGACUUUUCCAGUGGUUCAGUAGGUCCUCACCAAUAUGGCUCUGCAGUGACAAGUGGACUUGCAGUGUCCCUGAAGGAGAAGCCUGUUUCUCUGCCGGGAGGGGCAACAUCUUUCACUUCUGGUGUGAAUGAUUCCAUGCAGAGACAUCAUCAAGCUCAGAUUGCGGCAGCAAAACGUAGAACCAAUUCUCUCCCUAAGACUCCUGCAAUGAGCGGAGUUGGUUCCCCGGCUAGUGUUAGUAAUAUGAGUGUCCCAAUAAAUGCAUGCAGCCCUCCUGUUGGAAACCCACCUUCGGCUGAGCAAAUCAUGCUAGAGAGGUUCUCCAAAAUUGAAAUAAUAGUGGCAAGGUAUCAACUUAAUUCCAAGAAGAAUAAGGUGGAUGAUCGCCCUAUGCAAAAACCAUCUGUGUACCCAACUCAGGCGAUUCAGAAAUAUUUUUCUAAUGAUUCAAACAAUGAGACCAUCAUUGAUGAAGUCUCUAAAUUGUCGAAGACUGUUAUUCAGGGUAGUGCAAAUGUAUGCAAAAGAAGAGUAUUGGCUUGUACACAGACAGAGCGCAUGUUUCAAGUUGUCCCAAAGGCACAUAUUAAAAUGAUAAUGUCAGAGAAGCCUAGUGAUGGCACUGUUGCUAUGUAUAUUGGGGAAAUUGAAGAUAGUGAGUACUUUGCUGUCGAGGAUUACCUACCUACGUUGCCCAAUUCUCAUUUUGCAGACUUACUAGCUUCACAGUAUUCCUCACUGAUGAUCCGUGAAGGAUAUUAUGUAGAAGAUAAUGUCCAAUCAAAACCGAAGCGUGUUCCUCAUCAGCAACCCUCAAGUAGUCAACAACCUAAUAAUAAUAUGCAUGGACUUUCUCCGGGAAACGACAUGCAACAAUAUUCUUCCGAUGGACUUCCUUUGGGACCACCCCCUGAAAAUUCCAAAUCACCUAACAGUGUUAAUGCUUCUUUCAACUCAAACAUUCAAGGCACAAGAUCUCUACCCCCUGGGAGUACACAGUCAUUACAACAACUACCACAUAGGACACAUGAAUCUGAGAUGCUGCCACCUCAGCAGCAACAGCAACAAAAUCAGCAGCCGUCUUUGAUUCAACCCCAGCAGCAGUUCCAAAGAUCACCAUCCAUGAUGAUGGCUGCUAAUCAUUUGAAUGGAGGAGGAACUACUAACCACUUGUCUAAUAAACCUUCCCCCCUCCAACUUCAGAUCCUACAACAACAUCAACAUCAAAGGAAAAUGAUGAUGGGUCUUGGAAAUGUGAGUAUGGGAAACAUGAACAAUAGUAUGGUCGGGCUUGGUGGACUGGGCCAUAAUGUAAUGGGCAGCAUGGGUGUCAGGGGGGGCUCUGGGAUAUCUGCACCAAUGGGUUCUAUUCCAGCAAUGGGCAACUUGGGUCAGAACACAAUGAAUGUGGGCCAGGCAUCAAAUAUUGCAGCGAUGCAGCUUCAGUCCAAUCCAAUCAUGGCGUCAAAGUUGAGAAUGAUGAACAGAUACAACAUGUUGGGGGGGAGUCCACAAUCAAGCAUUGCAGGUAUGCCUGGAGGAGGUAGACAAAUGCUUCCCACCACAGCUGCUAGUCUUUCAAUGUUGGGACCCACUGUUCUUAAUCGUGGUAACCCAAUGCAACGGGCACAGUUGGCUACAAUGGGCCCACCCAAGUUGAUGUCGUCCGGGAUGAAUCUAUACAUGAAUCAGCAACAGUUGCAACAUUUUCAACAACAGCAGAUGCAGCAACGACAGCAGCAGCAGCAGCAGACACAACAGCAACAACAACAACUAGAAACACCGUCUUCUCCUCCUCCUCCUCCUCCACAGACCGUAGUAGCUACGCCACCUCCACAAGUAGUCGGGUCACCAUCAAGCAUGGGCAUCAUCCCGCAACAAAUGAACCAGCAACAACAGCAGUUGAGCCCACAGCAGCAAAUGGGCCAACGAACUCCCAUGAGCCCACAACUCAGUUCAGGGGCUAUACAUCAUCAUCAUCCCAUGAGUGCUGGUGGUAAUCCAGAAGGAGGAGCUUGCCCGGCCAGCCCACAGCUUAGCUCUCAAACCAUGGGGUCUGUUGGCAGUAUGUCCAACUCUCCAAUGGACCAACAGCAGCUGCAAGGUGUGAAUAAGAGCAAUUCCGCAAGUUAGUUAGUUAGUUACUAUAUUGUAUUGUACUAUAAGUUUCUCUGUUUUUUGGGUUAACAUGUUACGUGCCAUAUAUAUCUUAACUUUGUAAUAUUAUCAUUAUUAGGGUGAGACUAAAUUCACGUCCAAAUUAGCUAUAUCCAUACUUUUCCUCUAAAUUUGCUAAAUUCACACCAAUGUCAAACUUAUAUUAAUGAGUGUGUAUUGACCAUAUUUAGGUGAAAAAUGUGGAUAUAUCCAUUUUGGGUGUGGAUUUAGCAACACCCUUAUUGU